AUGUACUCUUCACUCUCGGCUCUUUCUCUUUACUCAAACUCUCUUUCUUUCCUCCAAUGGGUCUACGUCAAUUUCCUCAGACCUGCCAAGAAUCUAAAAAGGUACAGAUCUUGGGCACUCAUCACCAGACCUAUCGAUGGCAUUAGCAAGGCCUUCACCUUCCAACUGGCUCGGAAGGGGCUCAAUCUGAUCUUGGUAGGUCAUAAUCCGGACAAACUCCAGGACGUCUUGAACGCUGUCUUGGCCAAGUACGGCAAAACCCAAAUCAAGACCGUCGUGGUCGACUUCACCGGCGACCUCGAAGACGGCGUCAAGCGCAUUCAGGAGACGAUUGAAGGGUUAGAUGUGGGACUUUUGAUUAACAACGUUGGGAUUUCGUACUUGUAUGCUUGGUUCUUUCAUGAGGUGGAUUCGGAGCUGCUCAGAGGAACUUAA